ACGAAGAUUGUUAUUUUCACAUAUUGGUAAAUGCACUCAUCGCACCUUCUCAUAUUGUUUUGGACAAGAUUCGACUUGCACGAAGUAGCUUGCUACUACUCUGUUUCCUUGGUGACUUUUGCUUUCGAGACUUCUUUUACUUCAAUUCCUUUUCACACCAUUCGUUCCUUCCACAGGUGUCCUCGAUGAUAUUGCAUUUUGGAUUACUUGGGAUUUUACAACACUAUUAGUGCUUUUCUGUGUGGCGAAAUUCAUAAUCGGGAUGCCCAUUGUCGCGAUAUUCCUAAUCUACAAGCACAGAAGAAGGCACUUAGCAAUGGACAAGAACGUCGAAGAAUUCUUGCAGGCUCAUAAUAACUUUUUGCCCAUAAGGUACUCUUACUCGAAUAUCAAGAAGAUCACCAGAAAUUUUAAGCACAAACUAGGUGAAGGAGGGUAUGGUUCCGUGUACAGAGGAACGCUCGUAAGCGGAAACGAAGUUGCCAUCAAGAUUUUAAAGCAGUCCAAGGCCCAUGGCCAAGACUUUAUUAGUGAAGUGGCUACUAUUGGAAGGAUUCACCAUUUUAAUGUUGUGCAACUCAUUGGCUUUUGCUUUGAAGGCUCAAAACAAGCUCUAGUGUAUGAUUUCAUGACAAAUGGAUCUUUAGAUAAGCACAUUUUUGCUGAGGAAGGUGAUCUUCAUUACAUGAAACUAUAUGAGAUCGCUCUUGGGGUGGCGAGGGGGAUUGAAUACUUACAUCGGGGGUGUGACAUGCAAAUACUACACUUUGAUAUCAAGCCUCACAACAUUCUUUUAGACAAGGAUUUCACUCCAAAAGUUUCUGACUUUGGACUUGCGAAACUUUAUCCCACCGAUCGUAGUAUAGUCUCAUUGACCGCCGCAAGAGGGACGUUGGGAUAUAUGGCACCCGAGUUGUUCUACAAGAACAUCGGUGGUGUAUCUUACAAAGCGGACGUCUACAGCUUCGGGAUGUUGCUCAUGGAAAUGGCAGGGAGAAGAAAGAAUAUAAAUGCAAAUGCGGAACACUCUAGCCAAAUUUAUUUUCCAUUGUGGGUGUACGACCAAGUCGGUGAAGGAAAAAGUGUUGAAAUGGAAGGAGUUGUAGAAGAGGAGAGAAAGGUGAUAAAAAAGAUGAUAAUAGUUGCACUUUGGUGUAUACAAUUGAACCCUGACCAUCGGCCUCCAAUGAGCAAAGUCCUGAAAAUGCUUGAAGGAGAUAUUGGUAAACUUCAAAUGCCUCCAAAGCCACUUUUUUACCCAUCGGAUGUGCCGGAUAACAAUGACAAAGUCGAGAUGGAACUAGAGACAUUAUUAGCUUCAUCAAGCGUUCCAAUAAUUUCCUCUAGUUUUCCUGUUGUUGAUACCGGUGAUGUUUAGAGAGCCAUGUCCAAUUUGAUUGGAAAAGCUUUGU